GGGAUCUCCUGAAUGCAUUCGAGUGGUGGCUCGGCCCGAACGGAUACCUCUUGGAUGGCUACUCCGAUCUCACGGACUUGGAUCGUACCGAUAUUAUGAAAAACGUACUCCAUUGCAGCUUCAACGAGGAGCCUUGCGAUGAUAUGUAUGAAUUCGAGGUAAAUGAAGUGCUUGGGGAUUGCAUUACCUUCAACUACCGCAGAGACAAAAAAGUUCACCGUCAUAACUCCUCAGAUCCCGGAUUCGGAAUGAACAAGAACCCCUGGCAAGGGCUUCGGCUCGUAAUGGCACCGUUUUUCUCGAAACAACUGGAUCGCCUUUCACCUGCCAAAGGGUACAGGGUCUUCAUUCGGAAACCCCAGGACGACACCUAUACCGUCGAUGAAGGAUUCGAUGCAAACUUGGGAAUGGUCUCCUAUGUCGGCCUCAAGAUGAUGGAGUUCGAGCGACUCCACCCAGCCGAUGGGGGGGAUUGUGCGCUCGAUUCUUACCUCCUGGAUCGAUUCGACCCCAAGAUUUUCGCAGUCGCGAGUUACGCCGAAGUCUCAUCGGACGCCAAGUGGAAGGAGGAUCAUGCACAUAGUUCCUGUGGGUGUCCUCAAAUACGCUGCAUGACCUUGGAGCGGUCGUUGUCGUCGUCGCAGAUGGGUCGUCACGACGCCUUGCUCAUCGACCUCACUGCUUGGAUGAAGAACGAAAUGAAGAACAGGAGCGAAAGCGAACUCAGAAACAGGACCUACUGUCGUCAUUCCAAGUUUGCGCACAAGCAGAUGGCAGUGGUGCAGGUCUUCUACGAUACCAUGUCAGUGGAGAACACAAAGGAGAUUUCCCUAUACCCCUGGUCGAGCUUCAUCGGAACAUUCGGAGGGUUGUUGGGUCUCUACACCGGGAUGUCUUUCGUCUCGGUUCUGGAAAUGCUCGAGUGGAUCUUGGACAUCCUCUUGUACGGGUGGAGGAAGCCCCGGCAUGACAAGUUGGGACCAAAGCGAAGAGCCAUUCUCAUGUGUGAGUUCAUAUGCAUU